UGGUGCGGACCGCAAUAGCUUAGCGAGUGUAGCAUCUGUUAGUCGUCCCUUAGCAGCGCCCGAACAGCCGGGUGGAUGGGUGACAGUUCGUAGGACAAACAGUCCUAAACUCAAGCCUGCUGUCCCAGCUCACCACAAACCGCUUCAUGUUUCUAAUCGUUUUUCCCCGCUCAGCGACACACCCGCUGAGAAACCAACUCUGAUCAUUGGCAGCUCCAUAGUCAGAAACGUGAAGCUCGCGACACCAGCGACCAUAGUUAAAUGCCUCCCAGGGGCCAGAGCGGGCGACAUAGAAGCAAAUUUGAAACUGCUGGCUAAAGAUAAUCGUAAAUAUAGUAAGAUUGUUAUUCACGUGGGCGGUAACGACACCCGGUUACGCCAAUCGGAGGUCACCAAAAUUAGCGUGGCAUCGGUGUGUACUUUUGCUAAAACCAUGUCGGACUCCGUAGUUUUCUCUGGACCCUUGCCUGAUCUGACCAGCAAUGACAGGUUUAGCCGCAUGUCGUCGUUUCGCCGCUGGUUGUCUAUGUGGUGUCCAUCAAACGACGUGGGCUUUAUUGAUAAUUGGAGCUCUUUUUAGGGAAAACCUGGUCUGAUUAGGAGAGACAGCAUCCAUCCCACUUUAGCUGGUGCAGCUCUCAUUUCUAGGAAUAUGGCUGAUUUUAUUAGUACUCCUAAAGCAUGACAACCCAGAGUUAAGACCAGGAUGCAGAGUUGUAGUCUUACACACCUCUCUGCAGUUUCCUCACAGCUGUCACCCUCCAGUAAUUCAGUUAACUUUAUUGAGACUGUGUCUGUCCCCCGACCACCAAAAUUCAAUAAAUUAAACAAAUCAAAAAUAUACAAAAGAAAUAGUAACCACAAAAAUGUAAUAAAAAUUAAUACCACUAUUUCAACAGAGCAAAGAGACAGGAAAAUUAAAUGUGGUCUGUUAAAUAUUAGAUCUCUCUCGUCUAAAUCUCUGCUAGUAAAUGAGUUGAUAACUGAUCACCAGAUUGAUUUGUUCUGUUUGACUGAAACCUGGUUGCAGCAGGAAGAAUUUGUUAGCCUAAACGAAUCAACUCCCCCUAGUCAUAUUAACUGUCAUAUUCCUCGAAUCACAGGCCGAGGAGGAGGAGUAGCAGCAAUCUACCAUUCUAGUUUAAAAUUGAACCAGAGGCCUAAACCUGAUUACAGCUCAUUUGAAAAUCUCACUCUUAGUCUCUCUCAUCCAAAUUUGAAAGCUCAGAAACCAGUUUUAUUUGUUGUUAUAUAUCGUCCUCCUGCUCCUUAUUCUGAGUUUUUAUCUCAAUUCUCAGACUUUUUAUCUGAAUUAGUGCUCAGUUCAGACAAAGUUAUAAUUGUGGGUGACUUUAACAUUCAUGUUGACAUAGACAGCGACAGCCUUACAACAGCUUUUAAUUCAUUAUUAGACUCAAUUGGGUUUUCUCAACAUGUAAAUAAAUCAACUCAUAGUUUUAAUCACACUCUUGACCUUGUCCUGACUUAUGGCAUAGAAAUUGAAGAGUUAACAGUAUUUCCCCAGAACCCUCUUCUUUCUGACCAUUUUAUGAUAACGUUUCAAUUUAAAGUAAAGGAUUGUAUAGCAGCUGAGAACAAAUAUCAUUACAGGAGGUGUUUGUCUGACAAUUCAGUAUCUAAAUUUAAGGAAAUAAUACCCUCACUGUUUACUUCAGCAACAUUUACUGAUAAAUCAGAAGGCAAAUAUUAUUAUUUUACCCCCACAGAAGUGGAUUAUUAUGUUAAUAAUGCUUCAGCCUCACUGCGUACAACUCUUGAUAGUGUUGCACCUGUAAAAAGAAAGUUAUAUCUCAGAGAAGACUUGCUCCUUGGUAUAAUUCCCAGCUGCGGACUUUAAAGCAGGCAUCCUGAAAGCUGGAAAGAAAGUGGUAUUCCACUAAUUCAGAGGUAGUGUAUGUGGCUUGGAAAAAUAGUCUAGUAAUCUAUAAAAAAGCUCUUCGUAAUGCCAGGACAACUUAUUAUUCAUCUUUAAUAGAUGAGAACAAGAACAACCCUAGGUUUCUCUUUAGCACUGUAGCCAGGCUGACAAAGAGUCAGAGCUCCGUUGAACCUUGUAUUCCUUUAGCUUUAACCAGUAACAACUUCAUGAGCUUCUUUACACAUAAAAUAGUUCUGAUUAGAGAUAAAAUUAAUCUGGCCCUUCCUACAAAUGUCACAGAUGCUUUUGAAUUGGCUGUUAGACCUGAUGAAUCUUUAGAAUUCUUCACUCCUAUAUGUCUCUCUGAACUAAUUUCAACAGUUUCUACAUCCAAACCAUCAACAUGUCUUUUAGAUCCUAUCCCAACUAGACUCUUCAAGUAGAUUUU